AUGCCUUCUGGUAGGAGACGUGCACGCGAGGAGUCCGACGAUGACGAAACUCAGCCCACGCAGCGACGCCCACGCUACGACUCUGACGAUGAGGGCGCCGACUCGGACCAAAUGGCAAAUGGCGACGCGCAGACCGCAGACGAUCAACUAGCCAAGAAGCUGGUUCGCUAUGCCAUAUCCUGCGAGUACUCACGCACACCGAUCCGACGUGACGGCAUCAAGGAAAAGGUCCUUGGUACCCAGGGUCGAUCAUUCAAGAGGAUAUUCGCAUUGACACAGCAGCAACUACGCCUUGUUUGGGGCAUGGAACUACGGGAAUUACCAGUGAGAGAGAAGAUGACAUUGCACGAGAAGCGAAAAGCCAUGGCUUCCAACGCACAACCCAAGACCGGUAGCGGCUCCUAUAUCCUGGUGUCAGUGUUGCCCACGGCGUACCGGACUGUAGCAAUCGUUGCACCAUCCCGAGCACCAGGUAUGGAAGACGAAGCGACGUAUGUAGCAUUCUACACACUGAUUGUGUCGACCAUCUGGCUCAGCGGAGGCGAGCUCUCCGACCAGAAGCUCAAGCGUUUCCUGGAGCGUCUCAACUCGGAGCGCAACGUUUCCAGCGAAAAGACCGAGAUGGUUCUCAAGAAGAUGGAGCGCCAGGGCUACGUAGUGAGAAGGGUGGACCGACCGCCGGUCGGCCAGGACGGCGAGAAUGUUGUGACAUGGCACAUCGGAACACGUGCCAAGGAAGAGAUUGGUCUGGAUGGUGUGCAUGGCAUGGUGCGUGAGGUAUACGGCGACAUGACCCCCGAGUUGGAGAAGAAGAUGAAGGCAAGUCUGAGGGUCAAGGACCGGCCGCAAGCCGAUGCCGAGGAUGAGCAGGGCGACGCGACGCAGAUAGCAGAUCAAUCGGUCGUCGUAGAUGACAAGGACUGA